UAACCAAGAUCUUCCCUGGUCUUGGAGUCAGCAGGGAUCUUUCCACACAUGGGACAAUUCAGUGCCAUCUUCUUGUGAGUAGUUGGUACAUGAGAGAUAAACGAGCCAACAUCUAACACUUCUGAGUCGACAUGAGGUCGGAGCUCAAUCUACACGAAAAACACGACACCGCUCGGAGCUAUGCACUACUUCCAACGACUGAAAGACACGAUUCUAUUGAUCAAGCGGCUGAGCUUACGUCCGAGAGACCAAUGCACUUCAGUAGUCAAUUAUUCUCGAGCCAUGAGGCGAAAGACACAAUCUUAAACACGCUGGAUCUUGAUUAUCCCUUUGCAUCAUCUUCAAAAAUUCCUCUCUAUAACCUUAGCCAGGAGAACGACGCACCGCCAACAUUUCAGCUCAACCAGGAACAGCCACAUCUUGUCAAUGAGAAACUCCAAACUGAAAGCAGAAGAUUCGUAUCGCCUUCGCUAGAUACCAAUUCAUUCUAUCCGUCUCAAGAAAGCGUUCUUGACCUGCUAGCCGAAGCAUCUACAGUUGAGAUUCUUGAAAUGCAAGGUUCCCACAACAACAAAGGUCUAGAAGAUAAGUCAAGUAUCCACGUCAAGCGUACUCCUUCUGCGAUGGCCCCUCGUCCCGGACAAUCCAAAUCUUCGCGAAACUUGAGAAUUCGAAAUUCACAGCUUUCGCAAUGGCCAAUUUGUGUGGAAAGCGAGAGUGAAUUUGAGGAUGACACCGAAAUUGGCAUUCCUCAUGAGAAAUCAGACAAUUUUCAAGGCUUUGACAGACCUCCCAACUCCACAUCAGCUUCGCAGCCGGAGACCCAAACAAGCUUCAGUGUGGCUGGCGAGAAGUAUGCAGAAACAAACGCCGUUCGUAGCACAUCGGCCAAUUCGCCAGCUUUACACAACACCGCCGAGCACACACCAGCCUCGCAAUCAGAGAAAAGACGAGACUUUAGUGCAAUACCUGGCUCCCAGACGCUGUUACGAUUCUUACCUGGAGGAGGAGGCUGGGUCACAGAAGAGAGAUAGUAUUAUUGUAAUCAUCCUACUUUCUGCGACAUCUCGCGGCAAUCACAGGAAACUUUUGUCCGCGACUUUUUUUUGUCUCAAAAUGAUAGAUUGAACCCGAAUAUGCAUUGCGCAAACUGUGAAAGGGGCCUUCACCAGCCUCACCCAGCCUCGACCAAUGUCUCUCUUCUAUCUACGCUACACAAGAUCUUGCCAAGGCGCUAAGAA